AUGUCUGCUAAUGCUGGAGCAACGGACUCCAUGUCCAUCGAGGAGACAAAUAGACUUCGAAUUUCUUUAGGCUUAAAACCCUUGGACGUGUCAGAUAAUUCUGGACAAAGUGAACCAAACCAGAAAGAACAACCUACAUCUUCGCUUGACCAAGAGGCCACAGCUCUUCAGAAUUGGAAGGAAGAAGAAGAGAAAAAACGGAAUGAAAGAGAAAAAAAUGAAAUCACAUCCAAACUUCAAAGUAUACGCCAAAAGAAUGAUCAGCGACGACGUGUACAGGGAAAGUCUUUGGCUGACAUUCUGGCUACCGAAGAAGAAGAAGAAGCAUCUUCGGAUGAUACACGCUCUUGGGUUCUAAAAAUGAGAAAAAAAGCAUUAGAGAAGAAUACGAGCGAAAGCUCUGCGCCCAAAGAGGUUUUAAAACCCAUUAGAAAGAAACCCGCUAAGGAACUUCCCAAAGAAACAGGGGCUUCGUUGGAAGGAAUACGUAUAGCUCACAAUUUUCAGAAACUGAAUUCCGAAAACGAUUUAACGCUAACUCUUCGUGAUUCCGACGUUCUGGAAAAUAAUGAUGGUGAUUUAUUGGAAAGCAAUGAAAUUGCGCAACAAGAGGCCCUUCUCAAAAAAAUAGAAGAAAAAAAAGCGAAUGCUGGCUAUAAGCCUUAUGAAGACGAAGGAGAAAUUAAUAAUGAUUCUGAACCAAAGAAGGAUUUCACGGAAGGAGUCACUGUCAUCGGAGAGAAUAAUGCCUUAGUUCAAGGAAAGGAUAUUGCAGAUGAGGGACAAUCGGUCGCUAACAGAGGUAUUCGGAUUUCACUUUCAGACACCACUCCUUCCACGCCUGCAGUUUCAGACUAUCGAGAUAUUAAGAUAAAAAAGAGCAAGAAAAACCGAUCUAGAGAAGAUAGAAGAAAGCGUAAACUUGACGAUAUUGAAGGUGAUGAAUUCCAGUCAGGAACCACUGCAGAAGGAAAUGUACCUGAAGCACAAAACCCAACCUUUACAGCUAAAGAAAAACAGGAGAAUAUUCAGAGAAAAAUACAAGGUUUGAAUAGUCAGUCAGUCGUUGAAGAUGAUGAUUUGCAGGAUGUUUUGGCUUUACAAAGAAGAACUGCUCAAAAGAGAGCAAGAAUGUUACGACCUGAACAAUUUGCAGAGCAUGUUCAAAACCAAAAAAAUAUAGAAGAGGAGGAAAAUGAAGAUGAAACUAAUUCUAGAGGAAUGAUUAUUAAUGACACUCGAUCUUUUGUUGAUUCUCUUCAACAAGUAGACGAUGCAGAGCCUUCUGUCAACCCUGAUGAGAAGCAAGGCGAAGAGGCUUCUGAAAAUCAGUAUACUGUUACCAUCCCAACUAACCUUGAACCCAGAAAUGUCAUUCCUGAAGAGGAGGAAGCUGUUGUUGAAGAUAACGGAUCCCAAUCGCCGUCACAAAAGGCAACCGACGUCCCCGAAGAUGAACCACUCGUUUCCGGCGGUGUUGGCACAGUGUUGAAUAUCCUUAAAAACAAAGGUGUUGUUAAGGUUUCUGAAGAAGCCCAAGAAAAAAUGCGCAGAGAGGAAGAAUACAAUAAAUGGUUUGCAAAGAAACAGAAUGCCCGACGUGAGUUAGAAGAUCAAAGAAAGCAUCAGAAAGAGCAAGAUCGUGCUAGUGGAAAGCUGAAUCACAUGACUCAAAAAGAGCGUGAACAGUAUGCCAAACGGGAGAAUGAAAAAUGGGAUCGUCUUAUUGCCAAGGUUGAAAUGGAACAGUUCCAAGACUAUAAACCUGAAGUGAACAUUCGUUACGUUGAUGAAUUUGGAGUUGAACUAGGGCCAAAAGAAGCAUACAAAUAUUUAUUAUCACACCAAUUUCACGGAAAAGGAUCUGGAAAAGCAAAGACAGAGAAGCGGUUACGAAAGAUUGAAGACAUGAAAAAAGAAGAAAGAAAGCCAAUUUUUGAAUAA